CAGCCGCCCUGGCAGGAGGGACACGAGGAGGUGCCAGGCCUGCCAGCCAAUCCGCGUGCCAGGGCUGCUUCCCCUUGAUCCCUCGCGUGUCUCUGUCUGUGAGUGAGUGAGUGAGUAAGAGAGAGCGCGCUUGCCGGGUGCUGAAAAGACAGAAGGCAAAGGCGAGGCGCUUCCUGCCUCCUCCUCCUCCUCCUCCUCCUCUUUCGCCAGCCAGGUGCGCCCCACCCGCGCAGAAGAGCCUCCCGACUUAGUCCGGUGAACCAAAUCCGGAGAAGUUGGAGCCGAGAAGAGCUCGGCGGGGAGGGAUUAACGCCUCGGGCAGGGCAUCAGAGGGCAAGGCAGAGGGAGAGAGUGGGCACAGAGAGAGGCUGCGGGAGAGAAGGGCAUCCGCCACGCUGGCCGGUCUCUUUGGAGCAUGGCGCAAAAGGCGCCGCUGAUCCCCGCCGGACGGGCCCGCUUUGGCCGCUGCAAGAGGAGGAGGAGGAGACGCGGCGGCGGGGCUCCCUGAGGAAGGCGGAGGGGACGGACCAGAAAGAGACCCGAGGAUGGCGGCGGAAGGCAAGCACGCGGACUGGAUGGGCUCCCUGCCGCCCCGCCUCAGCGCCCUGCCGCUUGCCCACCUGGCCAUCCCAGGAUCACACGACUCCUUCAGCUACUGGGUUGAUGAGAAAUCUCCUGUGGGACCAGAUCAAGCUACAGCAAUCAAACGGAUAGCCAAAAUUUCUUUGGUGAAGAAGAUAAUGAAGAAGUGGUCAGUGACACAAAACUUGACAUUCAAGGAGCAGCUUGAGGGUGGAAUCCGCUACUUUGACCUCCGUGUAUCUUCCAAACCGGGUGAAGCAGGCCAGGAAAUCUACUUCAUACAUGGCUUGUUUGGAAUCAGAGUAUGGGAUGGGUUGAUGGAGAUCAACACCUUUCUAACACAUCAUCCCAAGGAAAUAAUUUUCUUGGAUUUCAACCAUUUCUAUGCUAUGGAUAAGAACCAUCAUGAGUAUCUGAUCAACAGGAUUGAAGAAGUGUUUGAAUCAAAACUUUGCACAAAGGAAUGUGUAGAUGAUGUGACCUUGGAAAGGCUUUGGGAAAAGCAAAAACAGGUUCUUAUUUUCUACCAUCAUCCUUUUUGUGGAGAAUAUCCUUUUCUAUGGCCAGGGAGUAAAAUGCCAGCACCAUGGGCAAACACUACCAAUGUACAUAAACUACUACAGUUCUUAGAGACCACGCUUGGGGAGCGAGAAAAAUGUGGAACUUUUCAUGUUUCGCAAGCAAUCCUCACGCCAAGAGUGAAAACUAUUGCUCGACAUCUCAUUCGUGGCCUGAAAAAUACACUUGUUCACAGGAAUCUCCCUUUCAUUCUGAACUGGGUGAAGUCACAGAAACCAGGCAUCAUGGGCGUUAACAUAAUUACAUCAGAUUUUGUGGAGCUGGUGGACUUUGCAACUACUGUGAUUUCAUUGAAUAAUCUUCUUUUAGAAGACCAUAAAUCUUGAUUUUUGAAUUUUUCUCAUAGAAAUUUUAUGUUGCCUCCAUUUGAUGUGGAAAUGGUGUCUAGUUAUGCAGGAUGUGUUAUGUGAGAUGACGGCACAAAAGGCACACAUCUUGAAUUCGCUUGCACAGGUCCAGCCUGUCUUGUGAAGCGUGACUUUCUUUUUGCACUGGGCUGCACAUACAGCUGUUUGCCUGCAUCUGCUUAGACACACAGGAUGUGAUGUUGGCCAGCCAACUUGGAGGCUGGACACUUCAGCACAUGUAAAUCAUUAGCGGAGGCCUCUCGGUGGACUUGCUGAGCAUGUACUUUCAGCAUGUUAUGAAAACCAGGACUGCAGCUCCCUGGAUAGUUAUGAACAUUUAAGCACAAUUUUACCAGACUACUCAAAAGAUUUCCUCUGUUGGCUAUAUCAGUCAAGACACAUAUAUUCUGUUUCUUCCCUUGUACUGUAUUGUACAGUAAGCUACCUCGGCCAGUUUUUAAAGAAACAGCAACUGUUUAUUUAAAAUUAUGACCUUUUGUCAUAUAAUGUUGUGAAUGAAUUUUAAGAGUUCACUGUGAGGCAUGAAUUGUGCUUUUAAGCCUCCUUUUGUUUUUACUUGAGCUCACAUUAUAAUUUAUUAUGAAAAUCAGUAAAUUAAAUCUAACAGAGCAGAAAGGUGGAUGUUUUUAAAUGUAAUAAUGCAAUUUGUAUUAGUGUUGUUAAAUUUUGGAGAACAACUUCUGAGAAGUGGAGGCUGUGUUAGCACUGUAUAACAUUGGGCCAAUUUUGAUAUGAAGAAAUAACUAUGGAUUAGAAGUAAUCAUCUGAAUGAAAACAGUAAGAAUAAUUUUAAAGACUCAAAGUAUUAAAAGAAAACAGAUUUGAAACAUCUAAAACUGUUUAGGACAAUUUAAAGCCAUGUUUAUGCAGGCUUAGAUCACACCAGCAGUUCCCAAAGGCUCUAAUAAAGAGCCAUUACUUGGCACUUGAAUGACAAUAGUGUUGACACCAUUCUGCCACCUAAGAGAACAAUAUUCCAUAACUGGAUGGGGGCACAACAGAGAAGGCCCUCUCCAAUGUCUCCAAGAGUGUAUUGUCCUCCGUUGAUGGUGUACAGGAAGAUCCUUACAAUAGAUCUCAAUUUCAGGCAGGUCCAUAGAAGGAGAUGUGCUCCUUCAUUUAUGGCUUGAAAUAUUAUUCUCAGCAUCCUUGAAUGCAGAAUGGCUGUGUACUGCUAGCUGGUGCAAAAGCUAUGGCCUUUUUCUGAGCAUGGAUAAUUCCUACCAUUAUACUUUCUAAAAGUAAAACUUGUUUUUCAAUUCAGAGAAAAGGCUUGACUGACAGUCAGAAGUUUGAAAAGCAGUGAGCAAGUAUGAAAAUGGCAUGUGUGCUCAUGUGACCUUUCCUACAGAGUCCAAAUAAAUUUUUCAUUUCAGCACAAUGUGCACAUUCUUCUGUGGAUAUUUCUUCUGCAGUUCUUUGUUUUACAAAAGUUUGCUUGUUUUGUUGUGUUGCUUAAGAAAGUAUAAAACAGGGCACAGCAGCUUAUUCAACAGGCCAAGCUUUGUAUGAAUAAGGAGAUUGGUCAACAUCAAUCUCCAAUAUUACAUUGAUAUUUUUGCUAGGAUAAUCAAGUGUCUAAAAUAUACAUUUGUUCACUUUCUGUUUACAUACACAUCUGUGCAAUAUGUGUUGAUGCUCCUCUUUUAAUUUAAUAUUUGCAGAGGGGAGCAUUUAUUGUGCUUUGUUAACUUCUGUUUGGAAGUUUUUCACUUGACAUUCAUAACCGUUAGUCGUAUCAAUAUGCAUUGCAUGAUUUUAAUGGAAUGUCUGGGAAAGAACCAGAUUUGUUGAAACCACUUUCAGUUUGCCAAUAAGUGCAGAUGACCUCUCCCUAUGAUACCUAUUUUUUAUGUUAUGAAUUUCAUCCAGAAAUAGGUUUUAACAGAAAAUAAAGGUAAAAUUUGGUUUUCUCUUCAAAGGGCUGAAUUUUACAGUUUUGUAUAGAGCCUGGAAUUUGUUACUGUAUGAACCUACCUCUAGGUGGAAUCCCUGGGCUUAAAUAUGCCUUUCAAGUAAUUCCCUUUUUUUCUAUUUCUUCUGUAUUUAUUUUAAUAAAACAUAACAACAAGUGAGCAUUUUUACUUUUGCUGAGCAUGCAAUGUAGCAAUGAAAUAUGAUACUGAGGAUAUUGUCUUGAGACUGAAACAUUAGUACAACACAAUUUGGUAAAGAGAAACAAAGUAAUGAUGUCUUCAGACUUUGAGAAACUAGAAUCAUAGUGUUGGGAAGAAUUGUAACGUCCAACACAUGGCCAUGCAGAAAUGCACAUUCAAAGCUCUACCAAAAGAUGGCCAUGCAAUCUCUGUUUAAAAACCUCCAAAGGGACAAUACCAGAUCCUUUGAGGUAGUCUAUUCCACUGUUGAACAUAAUUUAUAAUUUUAAAACAUCUUCCUGGUUUUUAGAUCAAAUCGUUUUGUAUGUAACUUGAAUUCAUUGGUUCAUAGUCUCUGGUGCUGCAAAAACCAAACUUGAUCCAUCUUCUCCAUGGCAUCCCUUCAGUUCACUGAUCUUAGAGUUCUCUCCAUUUAUGAGACUUGGGAGAAAUGGUUCAAAGAGCAGCCUGUUAUUAAUGUUUACUAAAAGAUAAAUAUUAGAGGUUUGUCUUCCAUAUUCCUUCAGUUUAUGUCUAAUUUAUGACACAAAGGAAGGGCAAAAUAUAUUUUAAAUAAAUUUUUAGUUUAUAUGCUGCCAAGGCACAGAGAAAUAAGUGUUAAAAUAGAAGAUAUGAGAUAUUUUAAUAAUUAUAUAAUUAUCUUGCCUGUUUAACAUGGCAAGUAAAACUCAGCCAAUACAUUAUACAGUAUGGUGCUACCCCCUCACUGCAACUUUCACAUCAUAAAUCUCCUACAUAGUGAUUUUUAAUAAUAUCUGCUAUUGUUGAUAGUGAAAAUUUCCUUUGACUGUUUUCUCAUUGUAGUCUGAGGUGGUACACAAUUACCAUCUGAAGAAAUUGGCUUGUAAAAUUGAUAUACCAGAUCUUAGCAAGUGAAGAACAGAAUCCUCCAUAUGUUGAGAUGUUGCUUGAAAAUCUGCUUUCAGGAUAUGUCAGCUUUCUAGAGGAAGAGGUCUCAGUAACAGUGAAACAGCCAAUAUGAAAGUUGUUCAGAGCCCUUGUCUUCUGAACCUGGCGUAUUAUGAAGUAUUUGCUUUUAGUGAUUACAAGGUUAGGAACUGAAUAUAAGAUAUAUUUUUCCUGAAUUACAAAGGACCAGAUUUAUUUGGCUAACAUGGCUAAAUUAGCUUCCUUUGGAUAACUGUUUGCCAUCCAUUCAUUACCAUAUAUCUUGCCUUUGUCUCAGAUUGGGACUCAAGGUGGUUACAGGAAAAUUUUCUUUGUAAACAAGUCCAAUUCACAUUGAAGAAAUUCUGAUAAAUGGUUGAUUAUAAUUUAACUGUAUAGAUACACAUCUGUGCAAUGAAUCAUUGGGGUAAAGGGGCUCUUUUGUGGAUUUUAUGGACUGAGUGCAUUACCUAAACACUCAUAUCGAGAGCCAUCCAACCCAAUGUUGUAUGUUUAUAUAAGUAAGGGAGACUUGCACAAUUUGUGGCAUAUAGCUUGACGGCUUCAUGAAGAAGACAACAGUUUAACGGCAUCAAUUGCCACUUGUAAGCCGCCCUGAGUCCCCUCGGGUGAGAAGGGUGGGGUAUAAAUAAUUGAAAUAAAUAAAUAAAUAAAUAAAUAGGACAUUUCACUACCAAAGGUAUCAAUUGUGCAAAUUUAAAAAAGCUGAUUACAUAAAAUGUAUGAAGCUGUUAAGAACCAAAGGCUGGGGAUUCUUCUUGUGCAAUUUAAUAUUGGUAGAGAGGGGAGAUUGUGACAUAAAAAUACUUCUUUUUUUGUAAAUUAUUUCAUAUUGUUUCAUGUAUAUCAUUAUAUUUGUAAUUAGAAUAGAGUGUUUCAAAUACUGCUUUUAAACAAACUGAAAACACUACUAGUCUAUCUACAAUACUUAACAGAGUAAGUCAGGCAAAGUUAAGAUCUCCUGCACAAUGGAUGGUAGUAUGAUUUUGUCUAUAUUGAUUAGCAUAAAUAGGCUGAUCAUUUUAGAUGAUCAAACUGAUGGGUGAUCAGGAUUUAUCAAUAGGAUCGAGUGGCCUUUUGUAUUUUAGUUCCAUUCUUCAGCCUUGGUAGGUUUUGACAGCCAUCAGGAUUGGAAUAGAAGUGUGAGAGAGCUGGAAAUAUUAGAAUUUCAAAAUAGAUAGACAGGAGAGGAGAUGUGAAGGAAGUAUUACAUGGAUAAAAAGUGAGGCUUCUUGGGGUGUUGGAAAUUUGAUGAGUGCUAGGAGCUAUCCUGACUGUUUCAGAAUAGUUCCAUUGCUUCUACUAUGCUCUGCAGCAAAGUACUCUGUGCAUGUGCUCUCCUCAACAGGAAAUCAAUCCUCAGUGAUACUGUUCUGGAUAGGUACAGCAAUUAUGUAAUAAGACUCACCACAGCCAAGCCACUCCGUAAGGCUUAUUACAUAAUAGCCAUACCUAUCCAGAACAGUAUUACUGAGGCAUUAUUAAUCUUCUCCAAGAUGGAGGUAGGAAAUUGUCUUAGAUGCAUUCUGGCAUUAGUACAAUAAUGAAAGGGUGUGUUACUUUUGAUUUGCCAUCAACAAAAGCACUCUGUAGUUUUUUAUUUGCCUGCUACAGAAUUAAUCAUGUUUUACCUGCAGCAACUGUUUAGGUAACAGAACUGUGAAGGGAUGUGAAAUUCAUCUGCUUCUGGUAUUUGACAGGAGCACAAGAUAUAACAUUACCAAACAAUUUAUUUCCUCAUAAUGAGUCUUCUUACCUUUAUCUUAGGUGUACAAUUAGCUCUCCAUAUUCACUGGGUUUAGGGACACAGGACCCCAAGAAAGAAAGAGAGAGAGAGAGAGAGAGAGAGAGAGAGAGAGAGAGAGAGAGAGAGAGAGAGAGAGAGAGAGAUCCCUCUAACACGACUCUAUGGUCAACUUCCACUGGACAUUAACCAUAAAACUAAUGGAGGAUCCAAAUAUUCCUACAUGUGUUCUCUCUAGGAAUAUUUGGUGGAAUUUAAACAUAGGGUUGCACUGGAGGCUCUAGAGAUUCCUAGAAAGAACAUUUUAAUCAAAUCCAUAAGAACAACACUGCAAAUGUGGAAAGCUCAUUGCAUAUGUAAAUUCAACACUCAUGUGUUUUUCUAUAUUUCAUAACUACAACCAAUGUAGCAAAACAUUUCUUUGUUAUCAGGUUAAUGUCAAAAGAAAAAUGAGAAAAAUGUUUUAUAUUUCACUAUUUGCCUAAUUUUCUUAUGAUCCAGGAGCAAUGUACAGUUAAUGUUGCUGAUUUUGUUUGCAAUUAACUAUUACGAGUAAUAGAAGACUAUUUCAAUGAUCACUAUUUGUUGUCUAUUUAUUUUGCUUUAUACUAAGUACAAUACAUUGUCUCAGUUAAAUGUUUUGUUUUAUAUACCUAAUCAUUACUCCUCCACAUACACACAAGUAUACAUUUCAUUUUACUCUUUAAGUCUUUUGGCGAUUAUAUGUUCUACUUUAAGCUUUUUUAAUAUUGUAAAACCUGGAUACCUCUCUUUAUUUGUGCACACAAAAUUUGGGGCUAACACCUGUUUUUCAGUUUUCCUCAGAGCUUCGUUUCUAAUCCUGAUAUUUCUAACUUUAGAUGUGAGUGUGCAACCUGAAUGAAUAAAAUAAAAAUAUUCUAGUAAUUGUUUUGAUAUUCAAAAAAUUGUGCAAUGGUUUAUUUUAGAACAUAUCCAAGUUUGUUUUUUGUGCUUUUGUGUUUGUGGCCCCUUACAGAAAAUUGCAGAAACUGUUCUUUCAGUGAUUUAGUUUCUAUUCUAGGACAAAUAAAAGCAGUUGAUUUCAAACUAAAGAGAAGUUCAUUUUAUAAAAUGCAAAGUUCUGUUUUGCUGAAAGGUUUCACAGAAGGAGUAUGCAACUGGAUGCUGUCACAAUUGUUUGCAAUGGGCACAACUCAGCCUUUCUGCUUUUGAAUCUGUGAAAUUGCUAAACGUCUGAAUUGUUACAGUUUUUUUUCCACUGUUCGGAAUCCCUGUAAUGUCCUUUAAUAAAAGCAAGUAAAUUAAACAUACAGAGAA